GCCUGCAUCGUGUAAUUCUGGAAAAGACAAAAUUGAUCUUCAAUGCUGUAGUAUGGAAAUUAUCAAAUUAGGGUUUUAAUGCCAUCAUUGGGUUUGUAAUGAUUGAGAAUUGGAAAAGCUCUGGCCUUUUCUGAAACCCACAACCGUUUGUGUUAGGGAACCAUUGUGGUGGACAGGCUGAUUUCAGAUCUGGUGCCUUACAGAUUUGAUCUCAGGAAGCGUUAAGUUUAGUCUCUACGUCUCUGAUUCUAGUUCAUAGAAUCAGCAACGUUACUUGGUUCCUGACAUCAUCCAAAACCGAAGACAAUGAUGCAUUCGACGGCGGUACAACAUAGUGGAAACAAGAGUGGAAAGUCCAAUGUAUGGGCUAACGCUAAUAUGGCUAAGACAAUGGCAGCAUUAGAUGAGUUCAAAUCUGGAUUCCCAUCAGGCGGUUUAACAACUGUGUCAAACAAAUGGUGGGGAAGGCCAGAGAAAGGCGGACACGAAGAUGGAGGAGGAGAGAAUACUGAAGAUGGAGAUGUCAAGGACGAAGCAGCUUCUGAGAAGCAAAAUUCUUUGGUAGCUAUUAGGAAAAGAAUAGCGGAAGAAGGAAGGGAAGCUAUUGAACUUGGUCAGCAUCAAGGAUUUGGUUCCAAAAAAAUAGACAAGAGAGAUCAAGCCCUACUGUUUCAAAUCUUCAACUCUUCACCGCCGAAGGAUUGGGUUACUGAUUCUUCCUAAAUUGUUUUAUAGGUUUAGAACAGAGUUCCCUCUCUAAAUUACAGCAUCCAUCUUUUAUUUGUAAUGUGCAAGUUCUUUAACGCCUGCAACUAUAUUUACUAUGUUUGUAAUCUAAAGGAUGAAUCACUUUC